AAUCUCUAUUCUAUGUGACUGCUGGUGUUCAUUUGCAUAUGGGAAAUUCUCUUCGAGUAUUAAUCGAGAAGGGAGAAACUACCUUUCAAGAUGUCUUGGAGAUCAUGAAGAACAAGACGCGCAAAUUUCAGGGAAAGCUGAGAGCGAGCGAAGAGGUGACGGCCACCAGGGAUCCCCAGGGAAAUCAUGCAACUGAUGACGAGCCCUAUUUUAGCAAGCAGUGGUCGAUCUUUAGGGUUCCGGAGCACAUUCGCGAGGUGGACGAGAAGGCAUACAACCCUCGGGUUGUUGCAAUUGGUCCAUUCCAUCGGGACAGGCCAGAGUUGAAGGCGAUGGAAGCUCAGAAGCUGAGGCUGUACGAGGAACUCGUGAAGCAGAUUGGAGAUGAGGGACGCGAAGUGGGUCUCCGGACAGUGAUCAAGAAGUUGGAAGGCAGGGCAAGGAAAUGUUAUUCGGAGGAGUUCGACUAUAUCAGCAGCGAGGAAUUCGUCCAGAUGAUGGUUCUCGACGGUUGCUUCAUUGUCGAGCUCAUGCGGUUGUAUCAUAAGAGCAAUCAGGAUGGUGAACAUUUGGAAGAACCGAUAUUCGCGACAAGAUGGAUGCUUCCCAGUAUCACUAGAGAUCUACUAAUGCUCGAGAACCAGUUGCCCUUUUUUGUGUUGCAAGAAAUCUACAAGCUCACCACCGUCAGUGAGAAAGAAACCCCACUAAACAAGCUCGCGCUCCUGUUCUUCGAGCCACUACGACCCCAAAAGGGCGAAUACUCCGAGAUAAAGUUGCAAGACCAAGGGAAGCAUCAUCAUCUCCUUGCUCUAUUUCACUCUAGUUUCCUCCCGUGUGAUUACCACCGUCCUUCUCCAAGGCGAGGCAUGAGAUGGAACAGACAGGAAAGUCUUCCGGGGAAGUUUUGGCUGGACGAAGUAAGAAUACUUAGGAGAUCCGGCAUUAAGCUCAGGAGCAACCCGGGUAACCUCCUCAACAUAGAAUUCGAGAACAGGGAGCUCCGAAUCCCGACCCUAUUCAUCGAUGACUCCACGGGACCUUUGUUUCGGAACUUGCUGGCUUAUGAACAGUGCAAUGCCUUUGCUGCGCCGUAUUUCACCUGCUAUGCAAUCUUCCUCAACAGCAUCAUCACCAUGCCAGAAGACAUCGAGAUCCUUCAAGACACGGGGAUCAUAAAACAGUCCAAGGCCAGGGACGAAGAAGUGGUGAGCCUUGUCAAUAGCCUCACUAAGGAGCUCGUGUUUGAUUUGCACGACAUGAAUGACUGCUACAUAGCACAGCAAAUCGAAGACAUCAAUGCCUUCUGCAGAACUUGGAUGAGUAAAUGCAUCUACCAGCUCUCGAAGAUCGAUUUCAUCAGUAUCGGAUUAUCAUUCAUAUUCCCUUCUUUCAAAUAAUUGUAUAUGCGCCAUUUUCCUAGCCCUCCAUGUAACACAAAUACUAGAC